AUGGAUUCGCAAAUAUCCAGCCUGGUUGCCAAACUUGUCUUGCAGAUGUUGGAAAAAGUCGCCUUCGACCGCUAUGAACCUGCAUUUUGGCGUCGAUACGUGGACGACACGUUCGUUAUAAUUGGAAGGAGCACACUGGCCGACUUUCAAGACCUGCUUAACGGCUUCUUCUCGGACACUCAGUUCACAAGGGAAGAAGAGCAUGCCGAAGAGCUGGCUUUCCUUGACGUUCUCGUCACACGCACACCCAACGGCGACCUCAGCACCACGGUGUACGGAAAGGCGACUAACACGACUCAGAUUCACAACUACCAUAGUAACCAUCCAAUGGCGCAUAAACACAACUGUGUUAAGACACUCUUUCAAAGGGUAGAAACGCACUGCAGUGAGCCAGAGGGACGAGUACGAGAACUACGGCAUCUUCGGGACCAACUGGCAAGGAAUGGAUGCCCGAACAGCUUCAUCAGCCGCUGUCUCCGCACGCACCCUUGGCGAACAAACGGAGGAGAGUCGUCAACACUCUGGCACCCUCUAUCAUUUAUAGAGAACGUGUCCGAAGCUAUGGAACGUAUCACUGGGGAGCACGGCGUGGGUAUCGCUCACCGUCCGACAGCGACCAUGCACGACAAAAUAAUGCGCGUGAAGGACCGACAAGAGGUGGGAGAACAGUCGGGCGUCGUUUAUCAGACCCCAUGUCGGGACGGCCCUAGCCACUACAUAGGACAGACCGGACGACGACUUAGCUCACGAAUAACGGAGCAUAAACGGGCGGUCCGGAGAGGCGACCCGUUGCCUCAGUUCGUAAUUCACGCCCUGGAGGAAGGCCACGAAUUCAACUUCUUGAGCACGCGGAUAGUAGCCCGGCCCAGCAAUAAGACAGGGCGAGAACUGUUGGAGGGCUGGGCGCCUUACACCAACUCUAUCAACGGACACGUUGACAUACCCCCCCCCUCUGCUAUCACGCGCUGCGUUGCCGAGGCCAAGAGGCGAGACCCAAUUUCCAGCCUAGGGUGCAGGCGGUCACGCCGCCGUGAGACGGCGUGGGACUCAGCUUAUCGCGAAUACCACCCUCUGCAGUGUAACGGCCGAGGACGUCAAGGUUAG